UCCUACUACGCGAUCUGGCUAUACAUGGUCUAAUAUCUUCAUGUACACUAGCCUUUAACACAUACACUAAGAUUCCUCUAUGCAUUUGUAGUAAUGUAGGAGAUUUCGGUGUGCCUUUCCAUGGCCCUGAGGGUCGGUAGCCUUUUGUCUUUUUGUGUUCAUGUUUACAUUUUUACGUUUGGUAAAAGGAAGAUGCAUGUAUUUGUAGUAAUGUAGGAGAUUUUGGUGUGCCUUUCCAUGGCCCUGAGGGUCGGUAGCCUAACCUUGACCUUUGUCUUUUUGUGUUCAUGUUUACGUUUGGUAAUAGGAAGAUGGGGAGGGGGGUUGAUGAUAGUUUGUGUUAGCGUAAUGUUCUACAUUGUUCUAAGUACACCCAUGCACGUAAGUCCUGUUUUCUUUCUCUUUUUCUUUCUUUCUUUCUACAUAUUAUGUAUAUAGAGUGAGCUGUUCAGUUUUCAUGUGACUACAUUUUCGCAAUCGUUACCGCCUGCACCAGUAACUUUCGCGUUCACUCACCAAAAUGCCGUUCUAGUACACCAGUGUAAACUUCAAAGCUUCAACAAAUAUAGGUGAUUUUGUCUGGGAAUAAUUUUGUUGUUGUUACGCAUUGCACACAUGACAAUGAUAAAAUUUAGGUUUUUGCAUUUGGUGAUUGAUUCUGUGUGCAUCCACUAGAAUGACUACUAAACUCUCUGUAGUAUGUCACAUUUUGUGGUGGAUUGUUGUCCAGAUCCGUGCGUCGAUAGCCUCCCGUGGUCUGGUGGUGGUCGGUUGGUACCACAGCCACCCCUACUCAGAACCAAGACCGUCGCAGAACGACGUUCUCUCUCACAAGAAGUACCAAGACGCCCUGACGAACAAAUCCGGAGAGGAACCCUGCGUUGGCCUGAUCAUUAGUCCUAACCUGGGUGCCAAAGAAGAAGGUGCAGAGAGUAAGAUUGGAGUCUUCUGGGUUCUCACUGUCACCGCCGGCUGGACACCAGAUCUCGCCUAUGGAGGUAAAGACUACCAUCAACUGGGAGCAGUACCUCACACAGGAGAUUGUGGACGACAUGGACUCCCUGGCCUCAUUCUACAAGACCAGACCUGAGUGCCCCAAUUUCUCGUCACAGUGGAAAGAUGACAUCACCUUUCUCAAGAAACUAAAGGUUUCCCUGUCAGCUGUGCAGCCCAAGUUUCCACAGGAAAAUUCAGACGAAACGUUCAUGUCUUACAUUGAACAACUCGUGGUUUAGUCCCAGUCAAUCAUUUUCUCAUUUUUUUGUCAUUGUACACAUGCUAUGUAUAAGCUUGCAAGAAUAACAUCGCUCCCAAUCUCACGUGCACGCCUGGUAGAAUGAAAGAAUGUGAAGAGUGCGUAGUAAAAAAGAGAGGAAGGAUUACUUGUAUAAUACACUUAAAAGGUAGCAGCAAAAGGUCUUCCUCCAACUGCCUCCUUCUUUUGUCCUCUCCUACUCUGAUCCU